GCUGCAGCUGCUGACAGACGAGAGCUCGAUGAUGAUGGUUUAUAAUCGUUUCUACUGGAUGCUGUGGAUGUUGUCGUGUUUUGAACAAUAUUUUGGUGAAGAUCUGCAGUUUUCUGAGCCGGCUAAUGGAGCAGUAGGAGGAAGUGUGGUGUUCACUCCUGAUAACCUGCCCUCCACAUCAAUUGAUAUAAUUCAAUGGCAUUUUGGAACAAAUAUUAUAUUGUCAGCACAGUCUGAUUCAGCUAUAAUAGCCUCAGCAUACAGAGACAGAGUCAGUUUUGACAGAAACACUCUCGCUCUGGAGCUCCGGAACCUGAGACUGAAUGAUUCUGGAAAAUACAGACUGACUGUAAUAACAACUGCUGGAGAGACACUUACAGGAGAAACGUCACUUCAAGUGCUUGCUGAAGAUCUGCAGUUUUCUGAUCCGGCUAAUGGAGCAGUAGGAGGAAGUGUGGUGUUCACUCCUGAUAACCUACCCUCCACAUCAAUUGAUGCAAUUCAGUGGCAUUUUGGAACAAAUAUUAUAUUGACAGCACAGUCUGAUUCAACUAUAAUAGUCUCAGCAUACAGAGACAGAGUCAGUUUUGACAGAAACACUCUCGCUCUGGAGCUCCGGAACCUGAGACUGGAUGAUUCUGGAAAAUACAGUCUGACUGUAAUACCUACUGCUGGACAUCAACUUACAGGAGAAACUUCACUACAAGUGUUCGAAAUUAUAACUAAUGUCAGGCUUACUGGUCCAGAAGAAUCAUUAAUCGAGGGAGAAUCAUCUGCUAACAUCAGCUCUGAGGGAACUGGCAGCAUCAGCUCUGUGCAGUGGAUGAAAGAUAACAGUCCUCUGUCUCCUAGCAACAGAAUCAUCUUCUCAUCUGAUAACAGAUCAGUGUCCAUCAGUCCAGUGCAGAGAUCAGACAGUGGAGAAUAUCAGUGUACAUAUAGAAACCCUGUCAGCUCUGAGACGACUAAACUCAGCCUGAUCAUCAACUAUGGACCAGAAGAUGUUUCUAUUAAGGGUCAGGAUGUGGUGGAUUUAGGGGUUCGAGUGUCGCUCUCUUGUUCUGCAAAUUCUGAACCUUCUGCUUCAUUCAGCUGGAAGUUUAAUGGAACAGACACUUAUGUGACCACAGACACAUUCACCAUAGAUCAGACUGACUUCACACACAGUGGAGAUUAUGAAUGCACAGCUUUGAAUAGAGUCACAAAGAGAAGAGCCUCACAAAAACACGCUUUACUAGUUAAAAUAGGUGGAGGAGGAGGAGGAAGAUAGCAGAUAGCAAGUAACCAUUGAAAUAAUGCUAAAUCAACAAAAAAUGGAAUGGAAUUUUUCAGUUACGUUCUGCUCUCAAGGCCUAUGGAGAUCCCUCGGCAUCCCCUAUUUCCUCUCAUCCUAUGUGGGAUUGGAUCGCAACACCCUCUGGUCGGCCAUCUAUUUCUUUAAUAUAUAGUAAGCUUAAUGAUCACAUGCAAAGUCUCUUUCUAUUAAAUCUAUCUGGAAUCAUGAAUUAACAGAUUUUGAUUUGUCAGUCGACUGGGAGAGGGUGUGGUCUAAUCUAAUCUGAACUUCUAAAAAGAUGAUGGCUCAUCAUCUUGUUCAUUUCGGGGUCGUCCAUUGAGCGCACAUAGCCCUUUACAAGAGGUUUAGGGUGAGGCUGCAGUCGACCUAUGGCUGUCAUGUCUGUGGCGCUGUGUCAGCUGGUACUUUUCUCCACAUGUUUUGGGAAUGAUGAGGAUGUUGUUUUGUUGAUUUAAAAAAUAAAUAAAAAGUUGAUCACAAAAAAAAAAAAUGGAAUGGAAUUAAUGUCUCAAAACCAUGUUGUUUCAGUGCCAAUUUUGCACCCUCAAUUAAUGGUGAAAUUUCAACACAAAAAUCUAUUGUUAAG